AAACUAGUCAGCGGUUUGUUUAAAUGUUGGGUACUCUCCGUCUGGAGGUCAUAGUUUAAUCACUUUUUAUUGUCCACCUCUCCGUCGCAUACAAGUCUGCUGUUUGGGGAACCGAAGCAGUCCUCGACCCAUUACUAGCUAAACCAACCUCGGGGCAUAAACUAAUUAAAAUUAACGCCACACUGCACGUUUUGACGAAACCCCGUCUGAACAGCCGUCCUCAGAUUAUGGCCUGUUUGGUGCCUGCCGGUGUGAUUUCCACCACAACCCUUCCGCAUUUUCCUGCUGCUAUCGGGCUGUGACGUGUCGUGCUGACGGCGGCCUCGGAGCUGGAGGAGCGGGGGGCUGUAGCAUGACAAGAUCUGGCUCCAGACGUCCUGCUUUGCUUUCAGCGGAGCUCCAGAAACAACCCAUAACCCCUCCUUCUCUGCGCCUCUCCGGCCCGCCCAAAUAACACAAAAUUCCCGACUGAAUCCUGCCCGAGUCUGGGGGAACCAGGCGGCCGGGGAAGCCGAGGUGCGGACGGAGGCCAUCCCUGCAGCAUACAUCUGCUGUUCAGUAACAAAUGCAGUGUGAGGACAAUGGAUGAGGAUGUCACCAGGCUUGCAAUACAUUCUGAAGAGCCCAAAAUAAUAUUACACGGAUCGGAUGACGGUGGUGCCGGCGGGCAGGAGUUUGUUGUGGAGCUUCAAGAGACUGUGUUGGUGUCCGAAGGCGAGGGGGAAGGCAUGGCAGUUCACAGGUUUGCCCCAGACGAGCUAGUCAUCCAGGAUGCUGUGGAGGACGUGGUUUCCGAGUAUGUGCACUGUGAUGAAGAUGAAGAUGUCGCCGUUGAAACCUGCGUGAUGGCUCUUGAGGGGGACGAGGAAGGUGUCGCCAUGGGGGACAUCCCUGAAGAUGGGCUGGACUCAGAGCAGCAGGACGACGACCAAGAUGGGUGUGGAGACUAUCUCAUGAUAUCCUUGGACGAAGCGGGAAAAAUGGUAUCGGAGGAUGGAACGGAGGUAACGGUGGAGGGAGCUGUGGAGGACCAGGAGGUGGAGAAGGAUGAGGAUGGGCAGGAAGUGAUAAAGGUGUACAUCUUCAAGGCUGAUUCUGGGGAGGAUGACAUGGGAGAAUCGGUUGACAUCAGCGAUGGAGACGCGGAGAGCGUGGCGUUAACGGAGUCUUCAGGCCAAACGCUCCGAGAGAAGAUGGUUUACAUGUCAGUCGGGGAUUCUCAUCACAAUCAAGGAAACCACGGUGGGUCCAAGGUGACUGAUGAGGUUUAUAUGGAGGUGGUGGUAGGAGGCGAAGAGCCAGUAACUCACGACCGCUCGUAUGACAGCGUGUCUCUAAGCAAGGACUUCAUGCCUGUGGCCUGGGCAGCUGCUUAUGGUGCGGAGGAUAGCGAGAGUUGUGAAAACAGAAACGGUGCCGCCAGUGCACUGCUGCACAUUGAUGAAUCCGACGGGGUGGAUGAAAUCGGCAGACAACGUAACAAGAGCAAGAGACGGUCGGAGCCUCGCCAGGUACAGACAGCCAUCAUCAUCGGCCCGUAUGGUCAGCCUCUGACGGUUUACCCCUGCAUGCUUUGUGGUAAAAAGUUCAAGUCACGAGGCUUCCUGAAACGCCACACCAAGAAUCACCACCAGGAAGUUCUGACGAGGAAAAAGUACCAGUGUACAGACUGUGACUUCACCACCAACAAGAAAGCCAGCCUCCACAACCAUAUGGAGGUGCACGCUCUGAGCAGCAAGGCCCAGUUCGAGUGUGAAAUGUGCGGCAAGGAGUUCCACCAGCAGGCGGCGCUGUUUUCUCACCGACUGCAGCACCACCAUCGAGAGCCCAAGAGCCAGCCGCCUGCGACACCAAACAAGAUGCAUAAAUGCAAGUUCUGUGACUAUGAAACGGCCGAGCAAGGGCUGCUCAACCGGCACUUGUUGGCGGUUCACAGCAAAAGCUUCCCCCACAUCUGUGUGGAAUGUGGAAAAGGCUUUCGACAUCCUUCAGAGUUGAAGAAACACAUGCGCACGCACACGGGCGAGAAGCCGUACUCCUGCCUUUACUGCGACUACAAGUCGGCCGAUUCCUCCAAUCUCAAGACGCACAUCAAGACGAAGCAUAGCAAAGAGAUGCCGUACAAAUGUGAGCGCUGCUUCCAGACCUUCGCCGAGGAGGAGGAGCUAAUUCAGCACGGACUAACGCACGAGGAGAAUAAGACCCACCAUUGUGCCCACUGUGAUCACAAAAGUUCCAACUCCAGUGACCUGAAACGCCAUAUCAUAUCUGUUCACACCAAGGACUAUCCACACAAAUGUGCCAUCUGUGGUAAAGGCUUCCACCGGCCGUCUGAACUGAAGAAGCACUCGGUAGCCCAUCGCACCAAGAAACUCCACCAGUGCCGGCACUGCAACUUCAAAAUUGCAGACCCUUUUAUUCUCAGUCGCCAUAUCUUGUCUGUCCACACUAAGGAGCAACAGGCCUCUCCUGAAAAGAGUGAGCCAAAGAGGACAGAGACGCACACUCCUGUUGCGACGCCUAAAAAGUCUGCACCCAGCGCGUCCAGCGCCGCCGGCCCGGCCGGCAGAGUCAGUGCAGCCAGCUUAGCCAGCAGUGUGACGGUAGUUAUCGGUAAAGGACAAAAAGAAAGGCGAAUCUACCAGUGCCAGUACUGCGACUACAGCACCGGGGAUGCUUCGGGUUUCAAGCGACACGUGAUUUCCAUUCACACGAAAGACUAUCCGCACCGCUGCGAGAUCUGUUCGAAAGGCUUCCGACGACCCUCGGAGAAGAACCAGCAUAUCAUGCGUCACCACAAGGACGUGGUGCAGGCAGACUGACUCUGACUGAGCCAAAUACUGUGCCACAACCAAGAACAAUGUCGAAGUAACCAUCACACCCUCAGCGCGCCACCCGUCACAUUGAAACGAUGUGGCGCGUGUGUGCGUGCUGCACUUAGUCCGUUCUGUUGUUUUUCUCUUUUUUUUUUUUUUUUGAUCCUCAGCCUAAUGUGUGUUCAGAAAUGUAUACACGUGUACAUAACAUUAACGCUCUGUCCAAGAUAGCAACAGGACCCUUCUGUAGAUUUGCACUUUUAACUGCAUGUCCCUUUGCUGGUGACAGUGUGCAUGGCAGAUUGUGCAGAUGUCUCUUUUGUAGAUAUACAUCAUUUAUUUUUUUUUUAUUUUUUGGAGGCAGCAAUCAGUUGUCAAUCACAAUGGUCCUAAUUAUUUGUCUCGAAACUGAAGUGUGAUUUGCAAAAAACAUUUGCAUCAUUUUGUUAAAAUGUACUUAAAAUUGAAUUAGCAACCUGUUCCCAGUAGCACUUGCCGUCUUGGUACAGAUCACGAUGGAUGCAGUAAUCGAGUCAUGUGUGUGUCUGUAUGAGAGGAAGAGUGAAUGACAAACAAACAUCUGUUGUGCUUCCUGGAGCUCCAACCCCACCACUCUGUAACAUAGUGCUUUUGGUUGUGUUGUUAAAAACACAAGGCGGGCUGUGUGCGGCACUCGGAGAAAAGCAACAAUCCCUCUCUGCACAGCGGUCUACGAUCCUUCAGUUCACAGUGGAUGUGUCAUGGUAGUGAAUAACAGUUCACAUAUGCACCUAUGUCACGAUGCCAUCGUUUCCCCGUCACUUGAUUAUCAUAAACCUAUGAUAUGUCCGUCUCAAGUCAGUAAGUGUACUGUACAUUGUUCAGAAGCAGCAGAGAUUGAAGCCCUGACUGACAGUAUUUCUAAUCCAUUAAUGCUACCUGGAGGGGGAAAUCCCAUUGAUUUGGAAAAAAAAAACUUUAUUCACAAUUAUUACUGAUGACAAGUGGUUUCUUUUUCCAUAAACAAACUUGUUUCUCACAUGAAUUGACAUGAUAUCUGUUAAAUCACAGAAGAAAACCUCAUCUACAAACGUCUGUAUGAUACCGACAUUAGGCCGGGUUAAAAAAAACAAAGUUCACAUCAGUGUCCAAAUAUGAGUAUCUGGCCUAAAUAGGAAUCAUACCGUGUAACUGGUGCUGCUGUUAUGAAAUUAUGGAUUGAACUCACAGAUGUACUUUUGCCAGUAGAAAGGGAAAAUGUAUAUCUUUUUAGAUGCAACUUCAGAAGACAGGUGCUGGUGGUGUACUUGUACUAUGGCUUUUUACAUUUUUGUUAUCACCUGUGAUUAUUCCUGUUUUUAUAUUUAUUUCAUUUACAAGUUGUUGUAUAGUUAUGUGUAACUAGACUUCUAUGGGACGUAAAUUAUUGUUUUGUAUACCAAUCUGUACAAAGCGUGUAGAUGUAAACACUUGAUAAAACGGAAAUCUGAACUGUGUUGUUAUGGAUGUACUUCAACGUAUUUGUUAAAGAUAAUAAAAGCAAAGUAUUUU